GAGCCGAAGGCGGAUGGCGGCUGCGGCGGCCCCUCAGCUUUGGCGGCAGAAGCACUGAAGUGGGGAGGUGGGUCGGGAGCGUCCGGCGGUGGGAGUAGAGCGGUGGUCGCUCCCAACAUGCACAGCCUGGCGACUGCUGCGCCUGUGCCUACUGCGCUGGCUCAAGUGGAUAGAGAAAAGAUCUAUCAGUGGAUCAACGAGCUGUCCAGUCCUGAAACAAGGGAAAAUGCUUUGCUGGAGCUAAGUAAGAAGCGAGAAUCUGUUCCUGACCUUGCUCCCAUGCUGUGGCAUUCAUUUGGUACUAUUGCAGCACUUUUACAGGAAAUUGUAAAUAUUUAUCCAUCUAUCAACCCACCCACCUUGACAGCACACCAGUCUAACAGAGUUUGCAAUGCUCUAGCAUUACUGCAAUGUGUGGCAUCACAUCCAGAAACCAGGUCAGCGUUUCUUGCAGCACACAUCCCACUUUUUUUGUAUCCCUUUUUGCACACUGUCAGCAAAACACGUCCCUUUGAAUAUCUUCGGCUAACCAGUCUUGGAGUUAUUGGGGCUCUGGUAAAAACAGAUGAGCAGGAAGUAAUCAACUUUUUACUGACAACAGAAAUUAUCCCUUUGUGUUUGCGCAUCAUGGAAUCUGGAAGUGAACUUUCUAAAACAGUUGCCACAUUCAUCCUCCAGAAGAUCCUCUUAGAUGACACUGGUUUAGCUUAUAUAUGUCAGACAUAUGAGCGUUUCUCCCAUGUUGCCAUGAUCUUGGGUAAGAUGGUCCUGCAACUAUCCAAAGAGCCUUCCGCCCGUCUGCUGAAGCACGUAGUGAGAUGUUAUCUGCGACUCUCAGACAAUCCCAGGGCACGUGAAGCACUCAGGCAGUGCCUCCCUGACCAGCUGAAGGACACAACCUUUGGCCAGGUGCUAAAAGAUGACACCACCACGAAACGCUGGCUUGGACAACUGGUGAAGAACCUGCAAGAGGGCCAGGUCACUGAUCCCCGGGGUAUCCCCCUGCCCCCUCAGUGAUCUUCCCCUGUCCCCUCCCAGUACUCCCACAGUUGGGGAAGGGAGAGGGAACCUUCGAGGAAAACAGCUCAGGUUUUAUUGCCGACUGGGAAUAGACAACCUCAAUGCUGAACUGCACUGGAGAGAGGGGGCGAGGUACCCCAACUGAGGUGUAUGAGCUGCCAUCUCAGGCCACCUUGAGGACCUGGGCUGCCUCUGCUACUCCCAGAAAGUGGGCUCCUUGACACAGCAGUCUGCCACCACAGCCCCAGGAGGGUGUCAACACCAGCAAAUGCUGUAUUCGCAGCAUGCCCAAGACGACCCUUCUCCCUCGCCUCUACCUAGCCACUGUCAGGGAGAGGAGACAGUGGUGAUUGCAGCAGCACUCUAGGCAUGGUGAACGCCUGGGACCAAGCCAUGUGGCGUGUUUUUUUUUUUUUUAUUUUGCCUUCCUGGAAGACUCAAGAUGUGUCUCUUCAUUCUCUCUCUCUCAGUAUUUGUUUACUUUGGUGUUUGUUUGUUUUUUUUAAAUCUUAGAGAGAGAUGUGUUUAGUGGACACAAGCUGUAAUACUCAGCAAAAUUUUGUCAAUUGGCACUGUUUACAAAUCUGUUAGCUGCAUAAGCUCAAUAAAAAGUUGGUCUGGGCAUUACAUCCCUUCCAGCAGGCCAAUAGCUGCAUGAACUGUUCGGGAGGAAUGGGAGGCAGGGGAAAGGGAUGAUGCCAAAGGACAGCAGGAACCCACCGCCUAUUUCCCUUCCCUUUCCCAGUCUUCUGCCCUCAGUUCUGGGUGCCAUGAGGACUUGAACCUUGUUUUUGGCUUCAGCUGCUAGCUUUUCCCCUUUUUCAUUUUCCUCCAAUUAAACUUAAAACAAACGUCUUAAUUCAUCAGGCUGUCCUGGAAGGGGAUUAUAUUGAGGGAGGAGAGACGGCGGUGGAUCUCACCUUCAAUUCAAAUUCUCAAAGAUAUUUUCUGGAAGACCUUUAAAAGGGAGGUGCCUGGGAUUAAGAUGAUAGGCUACUUGAUUCCCCCCACUUUAUUUUUUGUUUGUUUUCGUGUGAAUUUCUGCAGCUCCCUCUGUCUUCAUGAUUGUACUUGAAGCAGUAUUAGCUAAACUGAGUUAAUUUGGAUUUAAGAUAGAGGGUUGAGUCCACUAUCUUAGUCCACUCAGUUAUCUUUCUUCCUUUUUUUUUUUUUUGACACAUUCCCUUUUGGUCUAUGGGAAUUACAGGGUUACCACUAAAAUAUUUUUCACUGUUCACAGGUUGUUAGAGAAUCCCCCUUCUCUGGAGCUUUAGGUGACUACUCACAAUCCAGUGUGAACUGCCUUGCUUUCCCUCAGUCCUUCUUCCUGCCAACACCUGCUCUCUCUCAUCACCAACUCCAGUCAAAAAUGGGUUGUUAAUUCAACUCUAGAGAGAGACCACGUAUUUUCUGUUCACAUCUCACACAAUCGAAGGUAGCUCUGAACAGAUGUGGGGGGAGUGUCUACAAGGGGCAAGCUCAGAGAAAUCUUUGCAGAGGCAGUUUUGCCAACACAAGGGCUCUUUCAAGCCGACUUUCACAAUGGGAGCCGGCCUUGUUAGUUGGCUUCUGUCUCUUUGGAGCCAGGAAAGCUGUAAUUAAGCCUAGGUGUAGGAAGGGUAGGAUAAGUACUUACUCCCCUGCCUUCCAAACUGAAGAGGAGAACUAAGCCAGCUCUCAAUAAUCUCAAGCCUGAAGAGAAGAGGUCUUGGAGAAACAGAAAAAUUAUGGACUGGAUAGACAUCUCGACUCCCUUCAGCCCAUAGUUUGUAUCUGGAGAGUCCAGCUAGGGUAACCCUGAUUUUUGCCAACCACUUUUCCUGCUGAGCCAAAGUUUUCUCAUUCCCUCUCCUCUGGGGAAGCAGCUGAGGCCCAGGGCCUGACUCCUGGGAAAAUUUCUUUACUCUCCAUCCUUCGGUGCAUUGGCCACACUAUUGUGCCAAUAGUGUCUUAAUCCCUGUUCCAUCUAUUCUCAGCUGGCCUUGGACCCCACAGAGGAGUUGCAGGGGAGGGAUGGAAAUGUGCGUUACUCCUUGUAGUUGAUCCUGAUUAUCGUGUGUGUAUAAAUAGACCCUUCCCCUCAUUUUGUGUUUUUCAUCCCUUGCACUCCCUCAACAGGAUUGAAAUAAAACAUGCUUCUGUUUUUAUAAAAAUAAGUUUUUCUUUAAACUGGAGAUUUUAUUUC